ACUACCAGUCGAUCCAGAGCCUCAGCAAGCAGCAGCUGGAAACGGGGAAGAGGGAGCAGACAGGAAGCGGGAGGUCAGCUGUACACCCAGGGAAAUAGAACUUCUACCCUCAGAGGAGUCCAAGAGGAGGCAGAACUAUGGCAGGAAAGCUCCGGAAGUCCCACAUCCCUGGAGUGAGCAUCUGGCAGCUGGUGGAGGAGAUCCCCGAAGGCUGCAGCACGCCGGACUUUGAGCAGAAGCCCGUCACCUCGGCUCUGCCAGAGGGGAAAAAUGCUGUCUUUCGGGCUGUGGUCUGUGGGGAGCCCAGGCCCGAGGUGCGUUGGCAGAACUCCAAAGGUGACCUCAGUGAUUCCAGCAAGUACAAGAUCUCCUCCCGCCCUGGCAGCAAGGAGCAUGUGCUGCAGAUCAACAAGCUGACAGGCGAGGACACGGAUCUGUACCACUGCACAGCAGUAAAUGCGUACGGAGAGGCCGCUUGCUCAGCGAGACUCACCGUCAUCGAAGUUGGCUUUCGGAAGAAUCGGAAGAGGCACAGGGAACCGCAGGAAGACCUCAGGAAGGAGCUGAUGGACUUCCGGAAGUUGCUGAAAAAGAGGGCCCCACCAGCCCCCAAGAAAAAGAUGGACCUUGAGCAGAUAUGGCAGCUGCUGAUGACAGCAGACAGGAAGGACUACGAGAAGAUCUGCUUGAAGUAUGGCAUCGUCGACUACCGUGGCAUGUUGCGUAGGCUGCAGGAGAUGAAGAAGGAACAGGAGGACAAGAUGGCACAGUACAUCAACGCCCUCUCCAGCUUAAGACACAUCAGGGUCACCAAGGAUGGGAUUGCAAAGUUUGACUUGGAGCUGGAUCUCAAGGAUUCUCAGAGCAAGAUUUACCUGUAUAAGGAUGGUGAGAUGAUCCCCUAUGGCUUCAACAACCAGACCAAGCACUGUCUGCGCCGGCUGGGGAAGCGCUAUGAGUUCCAGAUUCAAGACCUGAGGCCUGAGGACUCUGGCAUUUACCAGGUCAAGGUGGAGGAUGCUGUGGUCUUCUCCACAGAACUGGAGGCCAGUGCCAUCCCCCCAAGAGUGGUGGUCCCACUGGCGGAGACCCACUGUGAGGAGCAGGGUGACGCAGUCUUCGAAUGUACCCUCUCCAGCCCCUGGCCUAGUGCAGCCUGGCAUUUCCGGCACCGGCUACUCCACCCCAGUGACAAAUAUGAAGUGUUUGUCUCCCCCGACGGGCUGACCCACCGGCUGGUGGUGAGGGGGGCACGUUUCUCAGACAUGGGCCCCUAUUUGCUGGGCACUGGGCUCUACACUUCCAGUGCCUGGCUGGUGGUUGAAGCUGGGAAGGAUAAAGACCUUCAGUCCACAAGUGCUGACCACCAACUGCAGAGGCAAGGAGCCCAGGCCUCAGGAGCAGAAGAGUCUGGGAGCAUCGAGAGCCAGGGAGAGAAAUCCAGAGAGCAGGGCCCCAGGGAGGGCUCCCUUGAAGGGGCUGGGCCGGCUUCUGGGCUCCAGCACAUAGCCAGCCCAGACAGGGAUGGCCUUGGCAGACAUGGCUACUCCUUGAUGGGGGACAAAGGGACAGCUGACUCAGCCUGGGGCCCUGGACAGGAGGGCGAGGACUUUCCAGUAGCAGAGGGAAGCAGAGCCACUCUUCCCAGGGAAAAUCAAUCCCACAGAGAGGGAGGCUGGGCCAGAAGCCUUGCAGAGAGGCCCCAUCUACAGGGAGAGAGCUCAGAAUCAGGGCUGGGCCUCCCAGAAAAACGACAGCAAGAUCGUGGCAGAGACAGCAACGGUGAUGAAUGCUGGAGGACAGCAGGAGGCUGGGAGGCUGGGUCCAGUCUGCUUCAGGCUGGAGGACUGGGGAUCAGAAGGGAAGGAAAGGAGCACAGAGGCGACAGUGGAAGACAACUGGACAGGCACACCCCAGAGCAACUGUGGGAUGCUCGGCUGGAACCUGGGAGAGGAAAGAGUGACCUGCAGGGAUGCCAGUCUGAUCCUGUAGGGUCCUGGCCAAGAGGAAAGCAGAUAGAGAUUUCACAGGAUGACAGCCUGGCUGAGAUGGACAGAGGGGAUGCUCCAAGUAGGGAAAGGGGGAGAGGAAUAGUAGUGUGGGGUGGUGGGACUGGCCUGGGAGAAGCUGGAGACAGCAAUGGGGCAGGAGGUCCUGGCACCCUGGAGUUUACUGGAGGAAGAGGUUCUGGCUCCAAGGUAGGCAUGGGCCCUGAAUCCUGGGGUUCUCAGGGAGGUAGAGAUGCUGACUAUGGGGAAGCCAGGGGCUACUGGGGGUCAGCAGAGUUGCUAGAACAGAUACCUGGAGGCAAGGACUUCCAGGAACCAUCAAUAUCAGAUGGUAGAAAAUUCCUUCUGGGAGAUGUGAGUCCUGAGAUCAAAGCUGAAGACUCACUGCAGGAGGCAGAUGGUCUAUGCCGGGGGGAGUCUGUAGUUAGAGGAAGUGCCUACAAAACUGGCCCUGGAGGCCCAGGAGACCCCAGAGGCUGCAAAGGUGGCCUACAGGAGCUCAGGGGAAGGGAUGGCCAGGAAACAGCUUGGGCCUCGGGUGAGGUAGGGGAUGACCCCAGAAGCUUCCAGUCUUCCCAGGGCUGGAUAGCAGGUCACAGAGCAGCAGGGGGUAUUGGCAGAAUAGAAUCUAAGGGCACAAGUCCUUGGGAUGACACACCAUCUAGCCUCAGAAAAACUGGGGCCCACCAUGGGCCUGGAGUGCUGGGGCCCAGUGGAGGGCAAGAGGAUAUGGGUGGUAUCCAGGUGGCUGGACUGACGGAGUCUGGUCAGGGGGUGGAUGCCAGAAGCCACUGGCUAAGUAGGGCUCCAGGCCUGGGUGCUCAGGGAUCUGGGGGGACACUAGGAGAUAAGGAAGGAUUAAGAGGUCCUGGGUCAAUAGGGUCUGAACCAGAUUUCUGGAAUGGGUCAGGGAGCUCCAGAGUAAAAGGACCCAGAGGUGAGACAGGCUAUAAGGAUGGCUUGGAAGGUCCCGGGAGAAUGGAAUCUAGGUACGAGGGUGGCUUAGGAUAUUCUAGGGAAAUAGGCCCCAAAAGCAGGGCUGGUUAUAGCUAUGGCUCAGGGGUUCCAGGAGAAAUGGGGUCCGGCCAUGGUGCUGGUUGUAGAGUUUCCCCUAGGGCACCUGCCGGAGUGGAGUCUGAGGAAGGGGGUGGGUACAGGCAUGGCUCCGGAGCGCCUGGGGGAGUGUGGUCUGGAAAUGAAGAUUCUGGCCCUGCAGGAGGAGGGUCUGGGAGAGUUGCCAGUCUUAAGAAUGGCUCAGGUGGUCCUGAUGGAGCACCCAUGAAUGACACCAGGAAUUGGGCCUCUGCAUGCCAGGCAGGCAUGGACCCUAGGGGAGGGCACCAUUCAGAUGGUGGCCUAGGGAGUCCUGGGGUGACAGGGUCUCUGGGUAGAGGUGGUCUCAAGGCCCCUGGAGUAGUGGAGACUGUUGGGAUGGGAUGUGUGGAAGCAGAACCAGAGAGCUCUGGAAGAAUAAGGCCUUGGGGUCAGACUGGAAAUUAUGGGGGCUUCAGAGCCUCAGAGGCCCUGGGGGCCUUUGGAGAAGGAGGCUAUGAAGAUGGCUCUGGGGGUCCAGGAGCCAUGGGACCAGGGUCUCUGAGGGCAGGAAGCAAAGUGGGUGAGGGGGAUGGGACAAGAUGCCCUGGUGCUAAGGCCUCUGGAGCUGGAGCUGGUUAUAGGGAUGAUACCAGGCACCCUGAGUCACUCGCACCUCACACUGGGGCCGCUUCUGAGAGCCAGUGGGCUUAUGGGGCUGGCAAUGUGCUGGGUUAUGAGGAUGGAUCAGAACUUCCAGGGCCUCAGGGAACUGGGGUCAGAACAGCCUAUGGAGGAAGGUCAAGGGGCCUUGGGCCUAGGAGUACAGGGCCAGGGGGUGAGGCAGGCUUUAGAGAUGGUUCAGGAGGCCUCCAAGGAAUGGGAUCAGCAGAUGGGCCAGGUUGUAGGAAGGGUAUUGGGAGUUCUGGGGAAAUGGGGUCAGUGGAUAAGGAAGGUUAUAAGAAAGAUUUGGGGGCUCCUGAGAAUACGGGUUCGGGGAGCAAGGCAGAUUAUAGGGAUGGUGGGGGUUCUGGGGCAAUGGGGUCAAUGGAUGAAGCAGGUUAUAGGAAAGAUUUAGGGGCUCCUGAGGGAAUAAGUUCAGGGAGCAAGGCAGAUUAUAGGGGUGGUUUACAGGAUUCCAGGGAAGUGGGUUCAGGGAGCAAGGCAGAUUAUAGCAGUGGUUUAAAGGGUUCCAGGGAAAUGGGGUCAAUGGAUGAAGCAGAUAAUAGGAAAGAUUUGGGGGUUCCUGAGGGAAUGGGUGCAGGUUACAGGGUUGGUUUAAGGGGUCCUGGGGAGAUGGGGUCACUGGAUGAGUCAGGUCAUAGGAAUGGGAUUGGAGGUUAUGGGGAAAUGGGGUCAGGUUAUAGGGAGGAUUUGGGGGCUCCUGAGGGAAUGGGCACAGGCAGCAAGGCAGGUUAUAGGGAUGGCUUAAGGGGUUCUGGAGAAAUGAGGUCAAUGGAUGAGGCAGGUUAUAGGAAAAAUUUGGGAGCUCCUGAGAGAAUGGAUUCAGGGAGCAAGGCAGGUUACAGGGGUGGUUUAAGGGGUUCUGGGGAAAUGGGGUUAAUUGAUGAGGCAGGCUAUAGGAAAGAUUUGGGGGUUUCUGAGGGAGGGGGUUCAGGGAGCAAAGCAGGUUAUACGGGUGGCUUAAGGGGUUCUGGGGAAAUGGGAUCUGUGGAUAAGGCAGGCUAUAGGAAGGAUUUGGGGGCUUCUGAGGCAAUAGGUUCAGGGAACAAGGCAGGUUUUAGGGAUGGUUUAGGAGGUUCUGAAGAAAUGGGGUCAGUGAAUGAGGUAGGUUAUAAGAAGGAUUUGGGGGCUCCUGAGGGAAUGGGUUCAGGGAGUAAGGCAGGUUUCAGGGAUGGUUUAGGGGGUUCUGAAGAAAUGGGGUCAGUGAAUAAGGCAGGUUAUAGGAAGGAUUUGGGGGCUCCUAAGGGAAUGGGUUCAGGGAGUAAGGCAAGUUUUAGGGAUGGUUUAGGAGGUUAUAGGAAGGAUUUGGGGGCUCCUGAGGUAAUGGGUUCAGGGAGUAAGGCAGGUUUCAGGGAUGGUUUAGGGGGUUCUGAAGAAAUGGGGUCAAUGGAUGAGGCAGGUUAUAGGAAGGAUUUGGGGGCUCCUAAGGGAAUGGGUUCAGGGAGCAAGGCAGGUUUUAGGGAUGGUUUAGGGAGUUCUGGGGAAAUGGGGUCAGUGAAUGAGGCAGGUUAUAGGAAGGAUUUGGGGGCUCCUGAGGGAAUGGGUUCAGGGAGUAAGGCAGGUUUCAGGGAUGGUUUAGGGGGUUCUGAAGAAAUGGGGUCAAUGGAUGAGGCAGGUUAUAGGAAGGAUUUGGGGGCUCCUGAGGGAACAGGUUCAGGGAGCAAGGCAGGUUUUAGGGAUGGUUUAGGGAGUUCUGGGGAAAUGGGGUCAAUGGAUGAGGCAGGUUAUAGGAAGGAUUUGGGGGCUCCUGAGGGAAUAGGUUCAGGAAGUAAGGCAGGUUUUAGGGAUGGUUUAGGGAUUUCUGUAGAAAUGGGGUCAGUGAAUGAGGCAGGUUAUAGGAAGGAUUUGGGGGCUCCUGAGGGAAUGGGUUCAGGGAAUAAGGCAGGUUUUAGGGAUGGUUUAGGGAGUUCUACAGAAAUGGGGUCAGUGAAUGAGGCAGGUUAUAGGAAGGAUUUGGGGGCUUCUGAGGGAAUGGGUUCAGGGAGUAAGGCAGGUUUUAGGGAUGGUUUAGGGAGUUCUGGGGAAAUGGGGUCAAUGAAUGAGGCAGGUUACAGGAAGGAUGUGGGAGCUCCUGAGGGAAUGGGUUCAGGGAGUAAGGCCGGUUUCAGGGAUGGUUUAGGGGGUUCUGAAGAAAUGGGGUCAGUGAAUAAGGCAGGUUAUAGGAAGGAUUUGGGGGCUACUAAGGGAAUGGGUUCAGGGAGUAAAGCAGGUUUCAGGGAUGGUUUAGGGGGUUCUGAAGAAAUGGGGUCAAUGGAUGAGGCAGGUUAUAGGAAGGAUUUGGGGGCUCCUGAGGGAAUAGGUUCAGGGAGUAAGGCAGGUUUUAGGGAUGGUUUAGGGAGUUCUGUAGAAAUGGGGUCAGUGAAUGAGGCAGGUUAUAGGAAGGAUUUGGGGGCUCCUGAGGGAAUGGGUUCAGGGAGCAAGGCAGGUUUUAGGGAUGGUUUAGGGAGUUCUGAAGAAAUGGGGUCAAUGGAUGAGGCAGGUUAUAGGAAGGAUUUGGGGGCUCCUAAGGGAAUGGGUUCAGGCAGUAAGGCAAGUUUUAGGGAUGGUUUAGGGGGUUCUGGAGAAAUGGGGUCAGUGAAUGAAGCAGGUUAUAGGAAGGAUUUGGGGGCUCCUAAGGGAAUGGGUUCAGGGAGCAAGGCAGGUUUUAGGGAUGGUUUAGGGAGUUCUGGGGAAAUGGGGUCAAUGGAUGAGGCAGGUUAUAGGAAGGAUUUGGGGGCUCCUGAGGGAAUAGGUUCAGGAAGUAAGGCAGGUUUCAGGGAUGCUUUAGGGAGUUCUGGGGAAAUGGGGUCAAUGGAUGAGGCAGGUUAUAGGAAGGAUUUGGGGGCUCUUGAGGGAAUAUGUUCAGGAAGUAAGGCAGGUUUUAGGGAUGGUUUAGGGAUUUCUGUAGAAAUGGGGUCAGUGAAUGAGGCAGGUUAUAGGAAGGAUUUGGGGGCUCCUGAGGGAAUGGGUUCAGGGAGUAAGGCAGGUUUUAGGGAUGGUUUAGGGAGUUCUGGGGGAAUGGGUUCAGGGAGUAAGGCAGGUUUUAGGGAUGGUUUAGGGAGUUCUGGGGAAAUGGGGUCAAUGGAUGAGGCAGGUUAUAGGAAGGAUUUGGGAGCUCCUAAGGGAAUGGGUUCAGGCAGUUACACAGAUUACAGGAAUGGUUUAGGCACUUCUGGAAAAAUCAGUUCAGGGGAUGAGGCAGGUUAUAAGAAUGUUUUAAGGGGUUCUGGGAGGAAUCCACUAGGGAGCGAGGCAGGUUCUAGGGGUAGUUUGGAGGAUUCUGGGUACAUUUUGUCAUGGAAUGAGGCAGGUUCUAGGCAAGGCUUUGGGGGAGCUAGUGGCAUGGGGUCAGGGAGUGAGGUCAGUUAUAGAGGAGGCUCAGGAGGAUCUGGGGAAACAGGACCAGAGGGUGAGAUGGGUUAUGGAGAUGGUUCAGGGAGGCUUGGAGUACCAGGCUCACUGGCUGGAAUAGGACAUGAGGCUGGGCCCAGAGGCCAUAAAGCCAUGGGUCACAGGUCAGGAUAUUGGGUAGCAUCAGAGGGUGGCAUGAGCUCCAAGCAUGGUCCAGAGCGAGCCAGGGAAACCGGGCUUUUGGAUGGGGCAGGACCUGGGGUGGAACCUGGGAUGGCUGGAAUGCCAGGCACUGCAGGUGGCAUGGCACACAGAGACAGCCCCAGGGGCACAGGGGUGCUGGGGUCUCAGGGAGGGCGACAGACUCUUUCAGAUGAGCGAGGCUCCACCAAAGAUCUUGGGGGCUAUGGAACUUCAGGGAUCCCUGAGGCCUCGGAGGCUGCUGGUGCCAAGGGAAAACCAGAUGUCAAAGAAUGGCAAGACAGUUCUGGGACUCCAGGGUCUUCUAGAGACAGAGGGGCUCCCAGGGCGAAGGAUAGGUCUCCAGACCAAGCAGGGAUAAUGGGGGCUUCUGGGUUUCUUGAUGGCAAGGGGGCAGUGGAAGGUGAGACCUGGGCAGGAAUGGCUGCUCUAGGGUCUGGAUAUGAACGGGACAUCUGGAAAGCAGGCCCAGGAAUGACAGACAGGGGUAGAGUUGCUGGCCAGGGGGGGUUGGCAUCUCAGGGAGGUGGGGACUCACUUUUGGGAGGCAGAAGGGUAGGCUCAGGGAGUUCAGUGGGGACAGGUCAGGAUCUGGACAGCGGCUCUAUGCCUGGGGGAAGGGGCAAGUCAACAUCAGGGCCUGCUGAUAGACAAGGGACGAGCAAUGCUUGGGCUCCUGAUUGGGAAAACCAGGGGUUUAGCCAAGGCAGCAUAGAUGCUGGGAAGCAGCCCGCAGGCUCCAGAGCUUCCAGUUCUCUGCAGGAGAAAGAUGCCGCUUUUGGUGGGACCCAUGAAGGGCCAGGGGGCUUUAAGGGUGGGGAGGGUGCACCAGGCCAAGAGGCGGCUGGUGGAUGCCGAAGCCCAUGGUCCCUGGAUAGCAAAGGUUCAAGUCCUGGAAGGGGCAGUUCUGUUGAUGCAGAGGACUCAGGUAUCCUGGGCAAGGGGAAUUCUACUGAGUGGGGGAAUGCCCUCACCCCAAAACCUGGGGCGUCCGGACCUCAGGGAGCCUGGAAUGGCUUAGAUGGUCCCUUUGGCAGAAAAGCCUCUAGAGAUAGGUCAGGAGGGACCCAGGACCUAAGCUCUCAGCGAGGCAAGGGACAGAGAGGAGGAAAGAGGUCCCUCGGGGAGCAGGGGUCCCUGGGGGCUGAGAAUGGUGAGGUCCAGGGUCCUGGGGCCCUAAAGGAGGAUGAAGGGCAGGGAGUGGAAGAGGCUGGGAGGUCAGGCAGGAGGCCUGGCUCACUCAGGAGUAGGUCUCAGGCACAGUCAGGGGCUGAGGUUGGAGGAGGAAAGAGAAGGGGAGCAGACGAGGCUGGAAGCAUGGGGUGGCAGCCUAUGGGAGAGAACUGGGGGUGCCUGGAGGAGAUGCUGAAUGAAGAUCAGAGCCGGGAGCCGCCUGGUCACCUUGGUAGCAGGAGAAGUGGCAAAGACGGCAGGUUGGACAUCUGUGGAGAGAGGAGAGAUGCUACCCGGAGUUCCACAUCCAGAUACAAGCCUGGCACUGGCAGUUUCUCCAAGGAUGCCCGAGGCCCCAUGGGCCACUUCUCCCAGGGCCUGGCUGACAUGGAAGUGCAGCCGGGGGAGGCUGCCACACUCUCCUGUACCCUCACCAGUGACCUGGGACCCGGCACCUGGUUUAAGGAUGGCGUCAAGCUCACCGCCCAGGAUGGAGUCAUCUUUAAGCAAGAUGGUCUCGUGCACAGCCUCUUCAUCACGCAUGUGCAGGGGACCCAAGCUGGGAGGUACACCUUUGUAGCUGGUGACCAGCAGAGCGAGGCCACCCUGACUGUCCAGGAUUCCCCUACCAUUGCUCCAGAUGUGACAGAGAAACUGAGAGAGCCACUGGUGGUCAAGGCUGGGAAGCCGGUGAUAGUGAAGAUCCCCUUCCAGAGCCACCUCCCCAUUCAGGCUGCCUGGAGGAAGGACGGGGCUGAGGUGGUGGGCAGCAGUGACAGGGAGGCCCAGGUGGACCUGGGGGAUGGCUACACGCGGCUGUGCCUCCCCAGCGCAAGCAGGAAGGACUGUGGCCAGUACAGCGUGACGCUGAGGAGCGAGGGAGGCUCUGUGCAGGCCGAGCUCACUCUGCAAGUCAUAGACAAGCCUGAUCCCCCACAAGGCCCCAUGGAGGUUCAGGAUUGCCAUAGGGCUGGCGUCUGCCUCCGCUGGCGGCCCCCAAGGGACAAUGGGGGCCGGACUGUAGAGUGCUACGUGGUGGAGAGACGGCAGGCUGGCAGGAGCACUUGGCUGAAGGUGGGCGAGGCCCCCGCUGACAGCACCACCUUCACGGAUGCCCAUGUGGAGCCAGGCAGGAAGUAUACCUUCCGAGUGCGGGCUGUGACCUCAGAGGGGGCUGGCGAGGCCCUGGAGUCCGAGGAGAUAUUGGUGGCUCCUGAGGCUCUCCCCAAGGCCCCUUCUGCGCCAGCCAUCCUGUCGGCCUCCAGCCAGGGCAUCACACUGACAUGGACAGCACCUCGGGGCCCUGGCAGCGCCCACAUCCUGGGCUACCUGAUCGAGAGGCGUAAGAAGGGGAGCAACACCUGGACAGCAGUGAACGACCAGCCAGUGCCUGAGAGGAGAUGGACGGUGGCGGACGUGCGGCAGGGCUGUCAGUAUGAGUUCCGGGUCACAGCUGUGGCUCCCUCAGGUCCCGGAGAGCCUGGACCUCCAUCGGAUGCCGUCUUUGCUCGGGACCCCAUGAGACCCCCUGGGCCGGUGAGGAAUCUCCAAGUCACAGACAGAUCGAACACCAGCAUCACUCUGAGCUGGGCUGGGCCAGACACCCAGGACGGGGAUGAAGCCCAGGGGUAUGUGGUGGAGCUGUGCAGCUCAGACAGUCUCCAGUGGCUCCCGUGCCAUGCGGGCACCGUGCCAGUCACCACCUACACGGCCAAGGGGCUUCGGCCUGGAGAGGGCUACUUCGUGCGGGUGACAGCAGUUAAUGAAGGAGGCCAGAGCCAGCCCAUUGCCCUGGACACAUUAGUGCAAGCCAUGCCUGUUACUGUCUGUCCCAAGUUCCUCGUGGACUCCAGCACCAAGGACUUGCUGACAGUCAAGGUCGGGGACACGGUUCGUGUGCCCGCCUCCUUUGAAGCCAUGCCCAUGCCUGAAGUGACCUGGCUGAAGGAUGGCUUGCCCUUGCCCAAAAGAAGUGUGACUGUCACUAAGGAUGGCCUCACCCAGCUUCUGAUCCCUGUGGCUGGACUCUUGGACAGUGGUCUCUACACUGUGGUGCUGAGGACCCUGCAGGGGAAGGAGGUUGCCCACAGCUUCCGUAUCAGGGUGGCAGCAUGCCCGCAGGCGCCUGGGCCCAUCCACCUGCAGGAGAACGUGCCUGGGACGGUGACGGCUGAGUGGGAACCCUCUCCUGACGAGGCCCAGGAUGUCCCGCUGCACUACGCGGUGUUCACACGCUCCUCAGCGCACGGUCCCUGGCGCGAGGCAGCCGACCGCAUCCACACCAACCACUUCACCCUCCUGGGCAUCCUCCCCGGCCACGAAUACCACUUCAGGGUGGUGGCCAAGAAUGAGCUGGGGGCCAGCAAACCCUCGGACACCAGCCAGCCCUGGUGCAUCCCCCGGCAGCGCGACAGGUUCACAGUGAAGGCUCCGAGCUACCGGGAGCCCGACCUGAGCCAGAAGCCCCGGUUCCUGGUGGGCCUGCGGUCCCACCUGCUGCCCCAGGGCUGUGAGUGCUGCAUGAGCUGUGCCGUGCAGGGCUCACCCCGGCCCCACGUCACCUGGUUCAAGAACGACCGCAGCCUGGAAGGAAACCCCGCGGUGUACAGCACCGACCUGCUGGGCGUGUGCUCCCUCACCAUCCCCAGCGUAUCCCCGAAGGACAGCGGGGAGUACAAGGCUGUGGCUGAGAACACGCUGGGCCAGGCAGUCAGCACUGCCACCCUCAUUGUCAUAGAACCCAGCACCUAGCCUCACCUCACCCUGGGAUGGUCCUGGACCCUUGAAGCUUCACUUCCGACACCUGCACUGGCCCGGGAAGCCAAUCCCAAGGAUGGAGGCUGUGCCCAGAGCCCCAGGAAAAUGGGAGUGAGAAGAUGCCUGGCGAGGUUUUGGCCAGGAGGACGUGAAGUCCUUGGGGAAGAAAAACAAGGGAGGAGGGCAUUCCACCUCCUGGCUCCAAGCUAAGUCACUCAACAGAAUGACAGCAAACCUCCUGGACCCUCACCAUAUGGGUUUCUUUCUUCUUCGCUUCAGGAGAUCCAGAGGGCACCUGCCUGCAGGAUGGGCCGGCUCCUUAUUUUCCUGGGCUGAGCCCUUUGGAGGGAGGGUGGGCACAGCUGGGCCUGCUGUGACCACUGGGAGGGAAGAGGAGAGGAGGUCAGAGGACAUGGGUGAGGACUAGGGCAUCAAGGGCGUGUGUGUGGGUGGGGGCAGCCUCCACCUCCUGGAUUCAAGAGAUUCCAGGGUUGCAGCAUGUGCUUUCUCUAUGUUUCUUCAUUAAAACAUUAGGCUAAUACAGGCA